AUGACCUGCGUCAGCACGGCCAACAACAUCUGCUCGACCGUGGUUGGCCAGCUGUUCCGGUACGAUGACGUCAACAUGCAGGACAUCAUGUCCAAACUGGCCGUGUUUGCAGGCGCCAUUGGAACAAACAACAUUGUUAACUUUUUCCCCGUUUUAAAAUACCUCCCAGGCGAUGUGUUUCAUGCUAAACUACUUGCCUCAAGCGCCAAAACUGUGUCGGAUAUUUUUAGCCAGAAAUACUUGCAAGUACAAAGUAGCGAUAAUUCAAAAGAUGGAAACACCGAUAGUUUCAUCGCCGUCUACAGAAAAAUCCGGAGUCAGAAAAUCGCGGCUGGUGUUAAAACUUACAUGGACGAGAAAAACUUGGCCAAAAUAAUUUUCGAGCUUGUUUUAGCGGGUUCGGAAACGUCAAGUUCUACCAUAGUUUGGUGCAUUAUUUUUGUAUUGCAAGACGCAAGCAUACAGAAGAAGAUAUUCGAUGAAAUAGAUAAUAACGUGGGGAAUAAAAGAAUCAGUUGUUGGGACAAGGUGAAGCUGAAAUACCAGAGCGCCGUCGUCAUGGAGACCCAAAGGUACGCCAGCAUCCUCCCAGCACCAUUCCACCACACCUGUCGCAGGGGCGUCUAG